AGAGCUAUACGAAUAAAAUCGAGCAUCAUUUGAUAUUCAUUUUGCUGUGCAGGUGCAUCUCGAUUCUGUCACCUGCGAACGCACACGCAGGAAAGGGAAAAGAAACUGAAAUCAUGCCCCUUAAAGACAAAAGCGACCGUGGGCCGGUGGGCGUCUUGCCAUAUCGCCGCCCACCGCUUUCCGGGCUCUAUCGAUUGCGCUACCGCCCACCUGUGUCGGUGACUUCAGCGUCGUCCUACGCUCCGCUCUCCACGACGCCGGACACUGAGGCUGAGGAGAAUGUGCAGGCAGCAAAGUGCACAGCCGCGUCGGAGAAUCCGUUGCCGUCAUUUCAAGGCGAGCUCAACCCGUCCGCCUCUGCCGAAGAGCGUCGUCGUCAGCUUCACACACAAAUCAUGCACUCUCGCUCGCUAGAAGACGGCAACGUCGAUCUCUUUGCGCUCUACUCGAUCUGCGACGCUGAGCCUGUUCCAUGCGCGCAGUGCUCCCUGCACAUGGACACGACUCUGAAAACAUGCUCCUAUCGCCUACGAGAGACGUAUACGCUGCUUUCCAACUCGAAAACGCAGCAGCACAUAAAUCAGAUCCAGGGUAAGGAAGAAGGGGCGGUGUCUGCUCCUCCACAGAGUUCAGCGCAUGGCGGCUCGACGCUGCUUACGCAGCUACAGGAAGGCUGGUACGCGUUCCUUUUCCCCAUGAGCGAGUGUGGGCGGCUGAAGGACAACCUACUUAUCUGCGUCAACGACACGCUUUUCGCGGGUGAUGUAGCGGAAUGCGACUUCGACAACGGUGGCGUGCUGCGUCCGCUUCAGAAAACGGCGCCCUUCCCACACGCAUCGUCUUUAGUGUCAUCGAGGCCUCCUUACGGCACCACCCCUUUUGGGCUACCACAGCCAACAAAGGCACCAGCAGAGGGCGGCCAGCAGGGCACGAAGGCUUCGACGGAUGCUACUUCUCCUCAUUAUCGCACGAAGCCACUCUUCUACUAUGUGGUAAGUCCCAUCGUGAUUCACAGUGGAAAGCCAGGGGCCGAAGACGGCGUUGCGCCAACGGAGGUGGUGAUUACCAUUUCAUGGCGCAGCUAUCCUUCCGCACAGUUGUCGUCGCAGGCACGGCAAAGGAGUAAGUUUACGCUCCUCUACUCAUAUUACUGCUCCCCGCGUGCACCGGACACGCUUACGUGUCGAGCGCAGUUUCCAACGGACGCGCGUCUGCGUCUCGUUCGCAGCCCCAACUGUGACGGCCCCGUGCAGUUGAAGAGCGAGGUGACGGAGCACUCGGCCAAGUUGUGCGUGGAAACGGUAGACGGCUCCACUCUCGAAGCGCACCGGCACCCGAGAGAUUACAUCUUUCAAAUCUGCUUCUACUUUGGCAACUACACAGGUCUGAUGGAGGAGACAAGCUGGUUCGCCGCGCUCAUCGUCGCUGCGGCCUUUUUGAUUCUACUGUGGUUCUUCCUCACGAAGGACCUCGUGAUAUGA